AAACGAGGUUUAAACCCCGCAGGCGUGGGUUCAAAAUAUGAAACCCGAGGGUCCACCAAAUGCUUCAGGAAAUGAUGUCUGCUCUGCCUUUGCCGCUCUUAAAUAGGACAGAUCGUGCUGGAUUAAGCGUUAAUCUGCGUUAGUCUCCGGCGCAUGCGCACUAUCUCGCGCUAGCGGUCGCGCUGUACAAGGUGCGCGUUGUUCUGACUGAGGGUAAACUCAUAAUCGACCCGGUUUCGAGCUGCGACCGCGAAUGACGCCCAACAGUGAACCGAAAAUCUGAGGAGACAUCUGCCUGCCAGAGGAGCAUCAUUUCCACUUUUGUUUGGGUGUAAUGGAAAAUGUUUUCUCUGUUUUGCGCAAUCCCUUGCGUUAUCUCCUCUCAAACACGCGAUGCGCGCGCAGAUUACGCGCUGUUUGAGACUUCAAGAGCGGAUUUGAGGAAACUGACCCGUUUACUGUCAGUUUGAGGCUCUUCUGACGAAGAAGUUUUUGGUUUAAUAAGAUUGAGCCAGAUGGUGCUGAAAACUGAAUCAAGAGGACAUCUCGCUGAAAACAUCAUCAUCUCUUUUGUAUUAAUAUUGUACGAUCGACAAAGCGAUCCAUGUUUGUUCUCAGCCUGGAUGUGCGAAGUCCGUUGACCUGGUUCGGAGUAAACCGGGUCGUUCUGAAGUGAUCUACUGAGCCAUGCUUUUUAGCCUCCCACAUCCCCAAGAUGGCAAAAUGUGAACUCAUUGAAUUACAGGACUUGACUCCGGACGACCGCAUCGAGUUAGCGCCCCCUAGCGCCCCUCCGCCCACUCUGGAGAGGUGGAGCAAAGAGAAGGUGGUGCGGAUGGUGGGGGAGCGCGUGCGUCUGGAGGACCCCGACUGGCUGACGUGUAAACCCGGACGGGGUCACGACCUCCAGCCCUGCAGCCAGACGCAGCUCAGCUGGUGCGACCUCUGCGGGGAGUUUAUAUGGGGCCUGUACAGGCAGAGUCUCCGCUGCACACACUGUAAUUACACGUGUCACUACCGCUGUCACCCCUUCAUUCAACUGGACUGCAGCUCCAACUGUGACGCCAUCCGUGAACAAACGAACUACUGCGAGGACACGAUCGAGACGGACACCAAUGUGGAUGAGCCGGUCGACUGCAGGAAACAGGAGCUGUCUGUCACUGAAAUACAACAGAAAGUGAAAGAAUACAACGCUCAGGUCAACAGCAACCUCUUCAUGGUUCUGAACCGUGAUGGAUCUUACACUGGCUUCAUAAAGGUCCAGUUUAAGCUGGCCCGGCCCGUGUCUCUCCCUCCUUCACGGAGCACGUCCUCCUCCUCGGGAUGGGACUGCACUGAAGCACUGCAGCACCGCACCUCAUUCUACCUGCCCAGAGACACGGUCAAACACCUGCACAUCAGCUCCAACACACGGGCCAGAGAGGUCAUCGAAGCACUGCUGAAGAAGUUCACCGUGGUGGACAACCCGGCCAAGUUCUCUCUGUUCGAACGCAGCGAACGGCAGAAUCAAGUGUACUUAAAGAAGAUUGCGGAUGAUGAAUGUCCGCUUUUCUUGCGUCUGUGUGCUGGACCCAACGAGAAAGUCCUCAGUUUAGUUCUUAAAGAGAAUGAAACAGGAGAAGUUAAUUGGGAUGCGUUCAGUUUUCCCGAACUCCGGAACUUCCUGCGCAUUCUGCAGCGGGAGGAGGAGGAUCACGUCCGGCAGAUCGUGCGGCGCUACGCCUCGGCACGAGACAAGAUGAAAGAGGCUGUGAAGAACUUCAGUACGCCUGGCUGAAACAAGCUGCUUUUCAUACCUCAGAAACAAGAGAAAAGGAGAAGAAAACGUACUAAGUACGCAGCUUAUUACAGUUUGAAUCCAAAGAGUGUGUGGAAGAACCCUUUGAGACAUGAGAGGGUUGUAAAUGAAAGAGAAAUGCAGUGAGAGAGAGUAGCAGCGUGUGUUUAAGCGUGACUGAUGAGCGUGAGAGGUGUGUGACGUUACACUGGAAGAAAUGCUGCGGUCGUAGAUCCAGUUGUGGAGCAACGUCUUUCCAGUGUGAGCGACAGAUUAUUGGUCGGUGGUGAUUGCAUAUAUCAAUGCAGAUUAAAGAGUAUUUUAAUCACCAUUUGAACUUGUAAUGGGAAAAAAGAUUA